AUGUCUCCAGCCUCCCCCGGGAUCUGGGAGAAGUUCUCCUGGAGGUGUGUGUUGAAGACCCCACUGACAGAGGGCUCCACCAGACGUUCCCAACAGACCCUCACACACAGAAAUCUAAUAACAGAACACCGCUCAGGUUCAGAUCAGGGAGGCCAUUCUUCCCAGUCGCCCACUUCAGGUGUCACUGUCAUUGCCCACGUGGGCAUUGAAAUCCCCCAAUACAACGACAGAGUCCCCAGUCGGUGCACUGCCCUGUACCCAGUUCAUGGGAGGACGGCCUCACGUUGCUCUUUCGGGCUGAACCCAGGCAGACCCCGUGUGGAGAGGCCUGGCCACCAGGUGCUUGCUCUCGAGCAUCCACCCCAGGCCUGGCUCCUGGAUGGGUCCCCGAUGGAGGAGUGUUUGGCGCAGGCGGGAAUAGCACCGUCGCUCCAACAUUUGGGUGGGUCGGUGGGCGGACUGGACUGGAACCCACUCCUCCGUGCCGUGUUUCUGGGUCGGCUGCGUUUGACCCGCCUGCUGCUGGAGGGUGGGGCUUAUGUAAAUGAGAGCGAUGGUUUAGGCCGCACCCCCCUCAUGGUCGCCGUUCUCACACCGCACAGAGACGCCCAGAGUGCCCCACGCCACAGGAUGGUCCGGUACCUCCUUGAAUGCGGUGCAGACCCGAACAUUCAGGAUAAGUUCGGUAGAACAGCUCUGGUCCACGCGGUUUUGGCGGGAGUCGAACCGCAGAUCGUGGCAUUGCUCGUGGGCAGUGGUGGUGACCCCGCCCUCCCCGACCAUGAUGGAGGCUCUGCCCUCGUGCACGCCGUCCGCUCGGGCCACCGCCACACACUCCGCCUCCUAGUGGACGCCUGCCGAGCCACAGGCAAAGAGGUCAUCAUCAUCACCUCUGACCUCCCCCCCGGCAACAAGGUUAAACAGGUGGUAAGGGCCCCAUCCCUAUCCUCUGAUCUAUGGUUGGAUCAGUACCGCUCUCCGCCACAGGGGGCAUCAACGAGUCCAAGCCCUCAGCCUGGGAGCCCUCUGUUGGAGGCACAUGGUACUGCAGCGCGCUCAGAUUUUCCCGAGGCUCCGCCCCUUCAGCGCCGCCUCUGCACCGAGGAUGACACAAAAAGGCGGCCAUUUUGUCGGCGCCACAGCAUGGAUGUAAGAGACGGUGUUCUGAGUCCACUCCAGUCCUCAGGCCACGCCCACAGAAGGCGGGCUUUAGGGAGGAAGAUGUCGUACGACAGCGCCACCUCUUCGCCUCACUCUGCAUCGCACCCAGACCUCCACCAGGAGGCGGGCACAUCGUCCACAGCCGGCUCGGGCAAAGCCAGACACGUGAUCCAACUGCGCCGUUCUGACCACUACAGCUCCGACUCCCAGCUGCAGUUUGGCCACGCCCCCGGAGCACAAGAGCGUCGCAAACUCACGUCGCCACGGGAGAUGGAGGAGAGCAGAGCACCCUUUGAACGCAGAAGUUCCGGAGCGCUACUGUCUGAUCACAUCGCCCACACACGACCCGGGUAUCUGCCCCCGCUCAACCCGCAUGUGCCCAUCCCACACAUCGGGGUCAGCGCUGGGGUCUGCUCUGGGGUCACAGGGGUUAACUCUGCGGUCAGCUCUGCGGUCACAAAAUCGGCGUUUCUGAGUGCGCCAAGUUUUCCCAAAGAUCUGAACCUGAAGAAGACGCUGUGGAGACGCCACUCGAUGCAGAGCGACCAGAUCAAAGAGCUGUCACUCUGAGGGGGGAGCGUCUGACCGUAGACUGUAUAUAUAAAUGGCCAUAGCUAACCCGUUAGCAGAUGCGUUCCAAACAGGAAGUG